CAUGCGACCCAUAAAGUCUAAACCUGAAGCAUGCGACCCAUAAAGUCUAAAUCUGAAGCAUGCGACCCAUAAAGUCCAAAUCUGAAGCAUGCGACCCAUGCUGCCGGUAGAAGUUAAAGUUUAGUUGUUGGGAUGUGUUCACCAGACUGUUAUCUCUCCAUUCUCCAGGGAUGGGCCACUCUCUGUUUCUCCUGUUCUUCUCAGGGCUUUCCAUCCUCCCCUCAUGCCUCUCUCAUCAGUUCCACUUUGUGAACAUCAAUAAAACCUGGACUGAAGCUCAGAGUUACUGCAGACAGAACCACACUGACCUGGCCUCCAUAGACGACUUGGCAGAUAUGAACAGGCUCAAAAACACAGUAAAUGCUGAGUUAUUGACUGAACCAGCCUGGAUAGGGUUGUAUAACACCAGCUGGAGGUGGUCUCUGGAAGACACAGAAUUAGGGACGGUGGGGUUUUGGGAAAAAGGCCAACCAGAUAAUGGAAACAACAAUGAGUCCUGUGUGUGGAUGCGAAAUUGGCUUUGGCAUGAUGCGAACUGUGGUAAACGACAUCAUUUUGUCUGCUAUGACACAAAUCUCACUAGUCAGUACAUCCUCAUCACUGAAGAGAAGACUUGGAGUGAGGCUCAGCGCUACUGUCAGAAGAACCAUAAGGACCUGGCCAGUGUGUGGGGUGAAGCAGAGAAUAACACCAUACAGAACGCCAUACAGAAUAACUAUAAGGACCAUGGUGAAGCAGAGAAGGAAUGGAAGGCCAUUCAGAAAGCCAUGAAGGCAAGUUCACUUCACUUCAACUAAUUUGUUUUGCACUUUGAGCACAGUGUUAAAAUCCUAAUCAGCAUUUUCAAAA